AAACAGGAAAAGAAAAAAAAAGGAGGAGCGGCAGGAGUUUGGAAGGGCUGCGGCAGGGAGGGAUUUUGGGAGCUGGGGGGGUGCCAGGGGUGUCCCUGCAGCCCCCUGGGAGGAGCAGGGGCUCGGAGGGAGCUGCAUCCCAGGGGAUUGGGGUCAGGAUUUGGGGUCUGUCCCCCCCCCCAGCCCCACCCCGUGCGAGGCUCGGUUUGGCAGCGAAGGCUCCGGGUGGGAAAUGGCCAAAAAUCGCUGGGAAUUGCCUAAAAAAAUCAUGUGAGGAGAAAGGCAGCGGGUUUGGCAGGGCUGGGGACACCCAAGGGGGGGGAUGAGGCAGGGAUGGGACACCCAGAGUGGGGACACCACCCUGGGGUGGGGGAACCCAGAUUGGGGACACCCAGACUGGGAUGGGGGAACCCGGACUGGGGACACCCACCCUGGGAUGGGACACCCAGACUGGGGACACCCAUCCUGAGAUGGGACACCCAUCCUGGGAUGGAGACACCCAACAUGGGGACACCCAUCCAGGGAUGGGACACCCAGAUUGGGGACACCCAGACUGGGAUGGGGGAACCCAGACUGGGAUGGGGAACCCAGAUUGGGGACACUCACCCCAGGAUGGGACAUCCCAUCCUGGGAUGGGACACCCGACAUGGGGACACCCAUCCAGGGAUGGGACACCCGGACUGGGAUGGGACACCCGGACUGGGAUGGGACACCUGGACUGGGGACACCCAUCCUGGGAUGGGGGAACUCGGACUGGGGACACUCACCCUGGGAUGGGACACCCAGAUUGGGGACACCCAUCCUGGGAUGGAGACACCUGAACUGGGGACACCCAUCCAAGGGUGGGGACACCCAGAUUGGGGACACUCACCCUGGGAUGGGACACCCACACUGGGGACACCCAUCCAAGGGUGGGGACACCCAGAUUGGGGACACUCACCCCAGGAUGGGACACCCACACUGGGGACACCCAUCCAAGGGUGGGAACACCCAGACUGGGGACACCCAUCCACAGAUGGGGGAACCCAGAUUGGGGACACUCACCCUGGGAUGGGACACCCAGAUUGGGGACACCCAACCAUGGAUGGGACAUCCCACCCUGGGAUGGGGACAUCCAGACUGGGGACACCCACCCUGGGAUGGGGACACCCACACUGGGAACACCCAUCCGAGGGUGGGGACACCCAUGGAUAUCAACACCUGGAGCUGGGGACACCCACCCAAAGCUGGGAACACCCACCUGGAGCUGGGAACACCCCGGGCUGGGGGUCCCCAGCUCCGUGUCCAUCCCCGUGUCCAUCCCACGUCCGUCCCCAUCCCGGGAAGUGCCUGAGCCGGCCCCAGCCCCCCCUGCCGGCAGAAUUUGGGGCUGGGGGUGCCCAAAAUCCCCCUUCCCCCUCCCCCAGGUUCAUUUUUCCCCCCCACAAAAAAAAAACCGCCUGGAAACGAUAA